AGGGAGUCAUUCCACUUUUCAAAAAGAGAAACUGUGUUUGGGGAGGAAUCAUUCGUAUCUGCAUAUUUCUUCCUUCAGCCUCAUCCAAAGGUUGUGGCUGGAACUUUCCACCAGUUCUUUCCCUUCCUUUCUUUUUCUCUCUAAGCCUUUGCCUGGCUGUGCCUGUCACAGUGAAGUCGCCUGCAGGCCUCCAGAGCCAGAGCGGGGCUGCUAAACCCUGUGAAAUUUGUCAUAAGGGUGUCAGGUAUUUCUUAACUGGCGUCCAGAAACAACCGAGAUAAAGAAAUCUAUCCUGCAGGUCCCUUGUAGGCUGCACUCAGAAGCCCUGGGAGUGCCAGGAGGAGCUGGAGGCGGCUGCACAGCCCGGAGGCAGAGACGCCCCAGGGCCGGGGCCAGCCUAGCGGCGUGCGGCCCAGACGCGCCUUGCCUGGGCGCUGCCAGAGCAGGACCAGGUCAGUUUCCAGUGAAAGCUCAGCCCGGCUCGGUCAUGCUGCUCUUACUGACCCUUCUGCUGCCGGUGGUCUGUGAAUUCAGUUUUGUUAGCCUGUCAGCACUGCAGCCCUGGAACUGUCUGGAAGCUCCCCCGGCUGGCGAGGCGAAUUCCACCUGCCUGGGUCCUGUACCCUUCUUAAUUUUCUCCCAUGGAAACAGCAUCUUUAGGAUUAACUUGGAAGGAACAAAUCAUGAGCAAUUGGUGGUGGAUGCUGGUGCCUCAGUGAUCAUGGACUUUCAUUACAACGAGGAAAGAAUCUAUUGGGUGGAUUUAGAAAAACAACUUUUGCAAAGAGUUUUUCUGAAUGGGUCAAGGCAAGAGAGAGUGUGCCAUAUAGAGAAAAAUGUUUCUGGAAUGGCAAUAAAUUGGAUAAAUGAAGAAGUUAUUUGGUCACAUCAACAGGAAGGAAUCAUUACAGUAACAGAUAUGAAAGGAAAUAAUUCCCAUGUUCUUUUAAGUGCCUUAAAAUAUCCUGCAAAUAUAGCAGUUGAUCCAGUAGCAAGGUUGAUAUUCUGGUCGUCGGGGCGGGCCGGCAGCCUUCACAGAGCAGACCUCGGCGGGGCGGAAGUGAAGACCCUGCUGGAGACGUCACAGCCCGUGACAGCCAUGGCGCUGGAUGUGCCCGCCAAGCGGCUCUUUUGGAUCCAGCAGGGCAGAGAAGGCAGCGGUUCGCGUAUCUGUUCCUGCGAUUACGACGGAGGUUCUGUCCAGCUUAGCAAAUAUCAAACACAGCACAAUGUGUUUGCAAUGUCCCUUUUUGGUGACCGUAUCUUCUAUUCAACACGGAAAACGAAGAUAAUUUGGACAGCCAACAAACACACUGGGAAAGACGUGGUUCGAAUUAGCCUCGAUCCAUCAUCGGUACCACCUGGUGAGCUUAAAGUCGUGCAUCCGCUGGUACAGCCCAUGGCCAAGGACGAAGCUCAGGAGUCCGAUGUCAACGAAUGCGCCUUUUGGAACCACGGCUGCACUCUGGGGUGUGAGAACACCGCCGGCUCCUAUUACUGCACGUGCCCUGUGGGAUUCGUUCUGCUUCCCGACGGGAAACGGUGCCAUCAAUAUGUUUCCUGUCCGGGCAAUGUAUCUGAAUGUAGCCACGGUUGUGUUAUGACAUCAGAUGGUCCCAUGUGUUUCUGUCCUGAAGGCUCAGUGCUUGAGACAGAUGGAAAAACGUGUAGUGGCUGUUCAUCACCUGAUAAUGGUGGGUGUGGCCAGCUCUGCAUCCCUCUCAGCCCGGUGUCCUGGGAAUGUGGUUGCCUUCCUGGGUAUGGUCUACAACUGGAUAAAAAAAGCUGUGAAGCUUCAGGACCUCAACCAUUUUUGCUGUUUGCCAAUUCGCAAGACAUUCGACACAUGCAUUUUGAUGGAACAGAUUAUAGAACCCUGCUUGGCCAGCAGAUGGGAAUGGUCUUUGCCCUGGAUCAUGACCCUGUGGAGAAUAAGAUGUACUUUGCCCAUACAGCCCUGAAGUGGAUAGAGAGGGCUAAUCUGGAUGGUUCCCAGCGAGAGAGGCUCAUUGAGGAAGCGGUAGGUGUUCCAGAAGGUCUUGCCGUGGACUGAAUCGGCCGCAGGCUCUACUGGACAGACAGAGGGAAAUCUCUCAUUGAAGGGAGUGAUUUAAAUGGAAAACAUCGAGAAAUAAUCAUUAAGGAGAACAUCUCUCAGCCUCGAGGAGUUGCUGUUCAUCCGGUGGUCAAGAGAUUAUUCUGGACUGAUAUGGGGAUUAAUCCACGAAUUGAAAGUUCUUCCCUUCAAGGCUUUGGCCGAGUGAUCAUAGCCAGCUCUUAUCUGCUGGAGCCCAGUGGAAUAACGAUCGACUUCUUAACUGACAAGUUGUACUGGUGCGAUGCCAAGCAGUCUGUGAUUGAAAUGGCCAAUCUGGAUGGUUCAGAGCGCCACAAACUUGCCCAGAACGAUGUAGGUCACCCAUUUGCCAUAGCUGUGUUCGGAGAUCAUGUGUGGUUCUCGGAUUGGGCCAUGCCAUCGGUAAUAAGGUUGAACAAGAGGACUGGCCAAAACAGGGUACGUCUCCACGGCAGCAUGCUGAAGCCCUCAUCACUGGUUGUGGUUCAUCCACUGGCAAAACCAGGAGCAGAUCCCUGCUUGCAUCAGAACGGAGGCUGCGAACAGAUUUGCGAAGCGAGGUUUGGAACUGCUUGGUGUUCAUGCCGUGAAGGUUUUAUGAAGGCCCCAGAUGGGAAAAUGUGUCUGGCUCUGAACGGCCAUCAGAUACCAGCAGGUGGCGUAGCUGAUAUACGCAACCAAGUAACACCACCAGACACCUCCAAGACUAGAGUGUCGGAAGACGACAUUACGGAAGUUCAGGACACGCUGGUUGUGGAGAUCAUGGUGUCAGAUCGAGACGCGUGCGCGCCCGCGGGGUGCAGCGCGCAUGCCUGGUGCGUCUCCGAGGGCGAGGGCGCCGCGUGUCGCUGUCUGGAAGGCUUUGCCGGGGAUGGAGAGCUGUGCUCCGAUAUAGACGAGUGUGAGCUGGGUGUCCCGGUGUGCCCUCCCGCCGCCUCCAGGUGCAUCAACACUAAAGGCAGCUACGUCUGCAGGUGUUUGGAAGGCUACCAAGGAGAUGGGCUUCACUGUCUCGACGUGGACGAGUGCCAGCUGGGGACGCACGGCUGCGGAGAAAAUGCCACCUGCACAAACACAGAGGGAGGCCACACCUGCACGUGCGCCGGCCUCCCGUCCGCACCCGGACUGGCCUGUCCCGACUCUACUCCACCCUCUGACCUCAGGGAAGAUGGCCACCCUCCUGUCAGAAAUAGCUACCCAGGGUGUCCCGCGUCCCACGACGGGUACUGCCUGCACGGUGGCGUGUGCAUGUACGUUGAGGCGGUGGACAGCUACGCGUGCAACUGCGUGGUGGGCUUCGUCGGGGAGCGAUGCCAGCACCGGGACCUGAAGUGGGAGCUGCGCCACGCCGGCCUGGGGCAGCGGAGCGUCGCCGCGGUGGCCGCCUGUGCGGGCGCGCUCGUCCUGCUGCUCCUCCUGGGGCUCUGGGGGGCUCGUUGCUACAGGACUCAGAAGCUGCUCUUGAAAAACCCGAAGAACCCAUAUGAUGAGCCAAGCAGAGAUGUGAGUGGCAGCUGGCCUGCCACCAGCGCGGCUGGAACGUCUUCUUGCUCCCAACCUUGGUUUGUGGUUAUAAAGGAGCACCAAGACCUCAGGAAUGGCCGUCAGCCUGUGGCUGGCAAUGACGGCCAGGCGGCAGAGGCUGGCCAGUUGUCCUCCCUGCAGCCUGGGUCAGUGCAACUGACUUUGUGGGGGGAGGGACCCCAGACGUCUGGAAUGGGCACAGAGGAAGGCUGCUGGAUCCCACCAGGCAGCGAUAAAGGCUCCUGUCCCCAGGUAAUGGAGCGAAGCUGUCAUCUGCCCUUCUAUGGGGCACAGCCCCUUGCGGAGGGAGUUAAGAAGCCCCAUUCUCUCCUGUCAUCGAACCCAUUAUGACAGCAAAGAGCCCUGGAUCCACUGUGCCAAAUGGAGCUGACUCAAUGAAAACUGGAAUUUAAAAGAUCAAGAACAAACCAUGUUGGUGGACAAUGUAUUACCUUUCAAAAAGUAGAGGAAAACUAUGGAUUUUGGUUCCAUAAUCUCUACACUAAUCACACACUCAGCAUCCUGGAGACAGAUACCUAGUUGCACUUUUGUUUCUUCCUUCAAGCAGUCCCAUGGCAGAUUUUCAAAUAGCAUAAUGGGGAGAAUCACUAGGUAACUCAUUAGAGACCAGAAUUGGGAUAAUAGUGCUUUGUAAACUGUGUUGUUUUUGUCAGUAGUCAAUUUCCCCUGCAGCCCCAGAAGAACUGGAGGGUUAAAGCAGGCAAUCACACAGGCUUGGUCAGUUACAAAGUAAUUUCUUUGAUCUAGACAGAACAUUUGACUCAAUCUUAUGAUAUGGUUAGAAUAUUACAAUUACUGUUUAGAAACAUUGUAGGCAUUUAACUUAUCAUUGCUGUGGUCCAUGCUGGUAAUUUAGCAGAAUGACUUGUGAUAAAUUAAUGAAAAGUAUAGUAACUUAAAACUUAAAUCUUGAUUUCUUCACAGUUAGAUGGCUUAUGUUUUCUAUUUUAAAAUCUCUGAAUGUAAACAUUUAAUUUUUAAAACAUUACCCAAGAGACAUCAAUGUUUCUCAGUCAUUCCUGUCCUUUUCCCCGCAAAAAUUUUUCUCAGUGGUAAAUUCUCCUUUUGUGUUUUGCACAGAAUAUUUUUGUUUUUUCCAAUACAAGAUUGUAAGCAAAAUGCCUGAUUUAUUUUCAUAUGGAUAACAAUCAAUUUCUUCUAUUUAAAUAAAGUCACCAUAAAACAGAAACACUUUAUUGUACACCUGAUUAAAUAAGUAAUUAUUGUCUAAGGGGUAUUAGAACUGAGCCAAGGUGAUUUGCCACGCUUCCUAUUAUAACU